ACUGUUGGGUUCGGAGCUAAACUGACUCCAGAUAUACAAUAUACUGAGAUGAUGAGAGUUUUAUCUUGUUUCAUCCUAAUCUUUACUCUCUAUAUUCACAGCACAAAUGCAAACACGAGUAAUAAAAAAGACAUUUUCCAAGAUAUUCUAGUGUAUUUUUCAAAUCCAUUUAAUUCCUUAAAAGAGGAUGUGUUAAACCUUCUCUCCGGGUAUGGAAAAGAGACGAGGGAGCCCAAGUUUACCCUUAGUUCUCAAAUAAACCCUGAGUAUGAUCCUGUGAGUUUUGCAGAUAUUGGUGACGCCUCGACAUAUUCUACUCCUUAUUCUGCAAAGUUUCAACACAAGCCUCAUCCUUACAGAGUUAUCCCACCUCCUCUAAAGGUUUCACAGCUAAAAUCUAAACCCUACUCCAUCGAUCAUGGUUCUCAAAUUAAACCUCUAGCAUCUAUAAAAUAUCCAACCCCUAACAAACAGAAACAAAAUGCAAUGAAUCCUGUUCCUGUUCCGUCUUCCUCUCAGGACUCCAGUUUAACUAUGAGACCUGCUCCUUUCACAAAAAGCUUUAAUUCACAUGUUCGACCUACAGCCUAUUCAAUGGACUCUAGUUCAGAAAUGGGACCUACUCUUUACUCUGUGGACUCCAGUUCACCAAUGGGACCUACACCCUACUCAAUGUUUUCUAGUUCACAAAUGGGACCUACAUCUUACUCCAUUGACUCUAGUUCACAAAUCGGACCUACAUCUUACUCCAUAGACUCUAGUUCACAAAUGGGACCUACAUCUUACUCCAUAGACUCUAGUUCACAAAUGGGACCUAUAUCUUACUCAAUAGACUUUAGUUCACAAAUUGGACCUACACCCAACUCCAUUGACUCUAGUUCACAAAUGGUACCUACAUCUAGCACCAUGGACUCUAGUUCACAAAUGGGACCUACACUCUACACUAUGGACUAUAGUUCACAAAUGGUACUUACACCCUACACCAUGGUCUCUAGUUCGCAAAUGCGACCUUCUACCAGUUCUAUGGAAUCCAGUUCACAAAUGGGGCCUAUAAUCUACUCCAUGGACUCUAACUCACAAAUGGGACCUACAGCCAACACUAUGGGACCUAUACCAUACUCUACGGACUCUAGUUCCCAAACAGGACCUAUGUCUAAAUCAACGGACUCUAGUUCACAGAUGGGACCUGUAUUCUACCCUAUGGACUCAAGUUCAAAUAAACAUGUUAAACAAAUGGAACCUGAAACUCUCAUCAUGAACAAUACUUCACAAAAAGGAAAACAAUCCUACUCACCUUUUUCACCUUCGGAGGAAAUGGGACUUAAAGCUUCAAUGAAGGACCAGAAUUCAGAAAUUCGACCUACCUCUUCCAUCACACAGAUUGCUCCUACAGCACCUAAAAAGUUCCUUGAACUUCAACCUGACUCCAUCUAUCCAGGUUUACAAAAUGAUAAUGCUCUAACUCAAAAAACAACAUCUCUCCAAUCCGUCCUUGAACCUCUGCAUGCAGAAUCAGUCUUUCAAGUUUUCCAAGAUGAAUCUCCAGCAGGUGCUGAGCAUGCAGAUAUGGAGAGAGAUAUUCUUGGCAAACCCCUUUCAAGUUCUCCCAGGCUCAUGCUGAACCAGAGUUCGGUAGAAGAUCAUACUGAACCUGAUCCUUUUUCUCCACAAUCCAUCCUACCAACCCCUAUCCAGGAAUCUCUUGAGCAGAAGAGGUAUACGUUCAGAUUAUUAGAUGAUCAUGAAACUACGACAAGUAUACCAAGAUUUUCCUACAGAUUCAUAAACCAACAGUCCAUGGAUAAAGAUCCGAUCAGGGAGUAUAAAAAAUCUGGUUUGGAUGAGAAAUAUCCUGUAAUUGAUCCGAUCGUGGAGAGCGGAACCUUGGGUACGGAUGAGAAGUAUCCAGAACUAGAUCCGAUAACGGAGAACGGAACCUCUGCUUCGGAUGAGAAGUAUCCAGAACUAGAUCCAAUAACGGAGAACGGAAACUCUGGUCCGAAUGAGAAGUAUCCAGAACUAGAUCCGAUGACAGAGAACGGAACCUCUGGUUUGGAUGAGAUGUAUCCAGAACUAUAUCGGUUCUCCGACUUGGAUGAGUUGAUGGAGAAGGCGAGGAGGAGACGAGUUACUCCGUAUACCCAGGAAUACAGGCAUCAGUACAGGGACAAGUACAGUAACUGGUAUUAUUACAGGGAAAAUCCAUCAUACAUUGUUAGACAUUAAAGUUAAAGGUUGUUAAUAAUUUGAAGAAAACUGAUUACUCUCCACAAACUCUAUCCCCCCAUAUCUUUGCAACCUGGUGGUGUUAACCUUUUAUACUUCGAACUAAUUGGCUAUAAGACCUAGCAGAAUUUUAAUAUCUACCACAUUAGGUUGCAACGUUAGAAAAUUAGAGUUUGUGGCGAGUAAUCAGUUCUUUUAGAUACUCUUGGCAUUUUAUGAAAAUCCGAUUGUCUUUGACAUUAUUGUAGAUUAACAAAAAUUCAUUUAAUCUUUUUAAUUUCUUGCAAAAAUCUAUAUAUGGUGUCUUGAUGAAGACGAGGUUACUGAACCCUUUCCUGUCAACCUGAAACCUAUCCUGUAAACCUGAACCCUAUCCUGUCAACCUGAACCCUAUCCUGUAAACCUGAAUCAUAUCCUGUAAACCUGAACCCUAUCCUGUAAACCUGAACCCUAUCCUGUAAACCUGAACCCUAUCCUGUAAACCUGAACCCUAUCCUGUAAACCUGAACCCUAUCCUGUAAACCUUAACAUCAUGAGGAGAUCGACAAGAAUCUAAGACCUUACAGAUUAUUCUAAGCUAAAUCUAAAUUUAACUCAACCUAAAAAUACAUAGUGUAUUCCCACUGUGACUAAACAAGUUAAAUUAUGGCUGAAAUUGGAUUCAGGGUUUGCUGAUACAUUCUUAAAAGCUAAAGUAACAGCCUCUCUAAAACAUGGCUGAGCUCUUUAGCAUUGAUGACUAGUUACUAUUAUCUUCCGCAGGCAAAACCGCAAUAAAUAAGCAAACAUUGAAAAUCUGCAGACAAGCUAGAAAUGCUAACGUUAACUAUAUGUUAAAAAUAAAAUUUAUAAGAGUAAAUUCUGAUUUGUAUUUAUAAAGCUCGGGACAUAAUAUAAUCAAUAAAGGGUUGAACCUUC